AUGAAGACAUCAGUUCAAAAGGAGUUAACGAACAAGGGAAUAAAACCAACUCUGUAUGAUCCAAGAGUCAAGGAAAGAAAAAGAUUAGACAUUCGUGGAGUUCAAGUAAUGCAAAAGGAAUUGGAAUCAAUUCAUCCUCUUAUUGGUUUUUCCCAUGUCAUCCCAAAAAAGCCUGAAUUGCUGACUAAUAUAGACACCAGGUAUGGACCAGUGGUCAUUGGAUCUCCCUCUCUUUUCAUUUAAGUUCUUUGGAGUUCAAUUUCACUGUUGUCACUAACCUGAACCGGCAGUUAACCCUGCUCAAGCAGAUUCAAGUGACAUUUACAAAGUAAGCUUGCCAUUCCAUUUCCCAGAUUUACCUGAAGCUGUUCAUUUCAGUACUGUGCAACAAACAUUCAUUGAACACUUAAGAGUAACUCACCAAGAAAGUAUUGAUAUUGAGAAAAGGACUGUUAAGCAAAGGGAAUGUGAUGAGUGGAUAAAACACCGCAAAAAUAGACUUGGAUCAUCUGUGUGUCACAGAAUAUAUGUAAGGAACCGAAGUUUCAAUAAUCUUGCAAAGGAACUUAACCAGCCAUUUAAGCCUCUAGAUGAAAUUCCAGCAAUUCAGCAGAGAAAGCUAAAGCAUGGCAUAAAAUUUGAGCCAGUUGCAAGAGAAAAAUAUUAUGAUGUCAUGAAGCACUAUUUGAAGAGGCCAAUAACCUUGAGAGAGACAGGGAUGGUGAUUCCCCCUUGCAUGUUUUGGCUUGAAGGCAGUCCUGAUGGUCUUGUUAUUGAUCCAUGUUCCUCAUCUGGGAAGAUAGGGACAAUUGAAAUGAAAUGUCCAGAGGGAAAGAAGAACCACACCCCAGAGGAGGCAAUGCAAGAUGAAUCGUUUUACAUUGAAUUAGUUGAUGGUAAACCCAACCUGAAGAAAGAUCAUCACCUAGGAUAUUACACCCAAGUCCAGCUAGUUAUGGGUUUCUGUGGUUUAGAGUGGGUUGACUUUGUAGUCUAUCUAUUUAAAGGGAUGAUCAUCACAAGGGUUCCAUUUAAUAAAGAUUAUUUUGACCAAGUAGUAUGUAAAGUAAACAUCUUCUAUGUAAAGUGGUUUCUUCCUCAGGUCAUGGCCUAA